AUGUCCAAACCAAGUGUCCUUGUUGUUGGUUCAGGCGGUGUCGGUACAAUUGCUGCACUCUCGCUCACAUUGAACGAGAAAUGUAACGUCACACUCGUCGUUCGCUCCGCUUUCGAUAAGGCUUCUACAGAGGGCUUCACCAUCAAUUCGGUGACAUAUGGUAAUCUUCAGAAUUGGAAGCCCACCCACGUCAGCAAAAGCGUCGAAAGUGCUGUUGCCGAGAACGGUCCCUUUGAUUAUAUCGUUGUUACCACCAAGAACAUCCCUGACGGGCCUCUGCCAUGUGAGCAAAUCAUUAGACCUGCUGUGGUGGACGGCGUGAAUACUGUGGUGCUUAUACAAAACGGCAUCGGUAUUGAAGAACCCAUAAUCAAGGCAUAUCCUAAAAACCCAGUUAUUUCUGGUAUCUCCUUGAUUGGCUCAACCAACAUCAAUUGUACAGUGGAGAAUCUGCACAAGGAUACUUUGAAGUUGGGUCCUUUCCACAAUCCUAACAUUCUGGAUGAGCUUACAAUGGAGAAGGUUAGGGAAUUUGCUCUGUUGUAUCAAAAUGCGAGCAAGGAUGUCAAUGAGGUUAUCAUAGAAGACAGCGCCUUGAGAUCAAGGUGGGAAAAGUUGGUGUACAACAUGGUGUUGAAUACUACUUGCACUGUCGCAGGAUUAGAUGUCAACAGGUGUCAGAUUGGUGAAGCAAACGAGAACAUCUUUAGACCAGCCAUGAAUGAGGUAUUGGCUAUCGCCAAAAGCGAGGGCGUGGACCUCCCCGAUCUGACCAGUGACUACUUCAUUCAUAUAGGCGAUGGCCUAUUCUACUCCCCAUCGAUGUUGGUGGAUUCUAGAAAGAAGCAACUCUUCGAGCUUGAGGUUAUAUUGGGUAAUCCUUUGAGGACGGCUUCAAAGAAUGGUGUAUCUACACCAGUUCUUUCAACUCUUUACGGUUUGUUGAAGAUGAUUCAAUUGAGAAUUAAAGAGGAGAUUGGUGUUGUUCAAAUCAACGAAGCAGACUACAAAGGUGUCAACAGUGACGACUAUCCCAAAACCUUUCAAGACUUGCAAUCUAAGAAAACAUAA